AAUGGGUUUUUCGCGAGAACUUCGACUGCACAGACUCUCGGUUGCAGACUGAUCGUCGUGACCUUAGGCGUGCUUAGAUGAAUUUAUUGAAUUUAAAUGCUCCUCGUUAAUAGGUGAGCAUAGAACAUGAACGAAAAAUAACAACGGUUUGUUUCCCACUCCGAUCGGGUUGAAUGACGAGGCACGAGGCUCAGUUCGUUGAUAGCCAUUCCACCGGGGGGAUGUAACUGGAAGUGCUGCGGUGCAAUGAAUUGUCUGGCGUUGUUUGGAGUGCUCUUGAUCAGCCAUCAGUUCUCGGCGGCGCUUCUACUGAAGCAAUACAGUUGUGAUAACUAUGUGCUCUCCUGGUGCCAACUCCACAAUGUCACAAUCCAGUCGGAUAAGGACCUUCAAAUGGUAGAGUUCCCGAAAGUGCAGCAGAUCGGGUUUCUCAACGGAUCGAUACCGCAUUUCUCACAUCUCAUGAACCUGGGUCUGUUCAAAGCAGGUGUACUGAGGAUCUUCGCCCGAGGCACCAAGAUCAGUCGUCUCACGCUGCCAAACACGAUCGAACAGCUGUACUUUAGAGAUAACGACAUCACCAUCGUGGACAUUGAGCCCAAGACGAAGUAUUCAAUGAAAUAUCUCAGGAUCCACAUCAACCACCUACGGGACGUUUCGAACUUGAGAUCUCUCACCAACCUCAUAGAGUUGAACCUGUGUGACAAUCUGAUCGAGCACGUGUCCUUCGACACAUUCUCCGGAAUGACGCACCUCAAACAACUCGUACUGUGUGGUAACCGUAUCAAAACCAUCUCCACAACCCUCAACAUCAACCUGUCGUAUCUCUAUCACCUGGAUCUUUCCGGUAAUUUCCUGUUCAACGGAACUUUCCUUGCCCAGUGGUAUUUCCCCCGGCUGGGGAACUUCUCCCUCCGGGACAAUCUGCUCACCCGUCUGGACGUCCGACUAAUCUCCGAGCGUUUCACGCUCCUGAAAAUUCUCGACCUCGAGCACAACUCGCUGGACUGUGAGACGUACCAACAGCUGCUCAAGUUGGUCCAUCAGCGCAAAAUAAUCUACAAUGUGGACAAGCGGGUUUGCGCCAUUCCGCCGACCAUCCGGCCAAGGUUCGUUCCGACGGGCAACGAGCUGGAUGCAGGACGGGGUGGCGAGGGCGGUGAUCUACUGCAGCAGAUACGACAGCUCAAAGAACGAAUCUAUCAGCAGGUGAAGAUUAUUAAUAGCCAACGGAUCGAAAUCCAGCAGCUCCGGGCCAACCUGAGCUCGCUGAUGGAACAGUUCGAUCUGGUGGCGGAUACGGCGCAGGCGAAUGAUCCUUUCUAAUUUUAGUUGUUAGUGUUGUGCUGUUUUUUUUUUGCGAGAUGAUGUGCGAGUGUUUAUGCGGAUAUUUGAAUGUACUUAUUAAGCGUGUCCGGUCCGUGGCUAAACAAACAAACAAACAAACAUGCUUUAUGGACGGAAUGAAAUAAAGAUUAAUGUCUUUAAUUGAAGUCUGCACAUAUUCCUUUUCUCAAUCGAACCAUUAAUUCCGUUUUGAUGCCCUAAGAAAUGAUGAGUCAGUACAUUAGUCUAGUAAUGGCUGCUUCCAUUUUUGA